CAGAGAGGCAGACAGGAUGGCUAGCUCAGCCCGGGAGCAUUUGCUUUUCGUGCGGCGUCGAAAUCCACAGAUGCGGUACACGCUGAGCCCAGAGAACCUUCAGAGCCUCGCGGCACAGACCUCAAUGCCCGAGAACAUGGCCCUGCAGCGAGCCAACAGUGACACGGACCUGGUGACGUCUGAGAGCCGCUCCAGCCUGACUGCCAGCAUGUACGAAUACACACUGGGGCAAGCUCAGAACCUUAUUAUCUUCUGGGACAUUAAGGAAGAGGUUGAUCCCAGCGAUUGGAUUGGACUCUAUCACAUAGAUGAGAAUUCUCCAGCCAACUUCUGGGAUUCUAAAAACAGGGGUGUGACUGGAACCCAAAAAGGACAAAUUGUAUGGCGAAUUGAGCCCGGGCCCUACUUCAUGGAACCGGAGAUCAAAAUCUGUUUCAAAUACUACCAUGGCAUUAGUGGAGCCCUUCGAGCCACAACCCCCUGUAUUACUGUGAAGAACCCAGCUGUGAUGAUGGGGGCAGAAGGCAUGGAAGGAGGUGCUUCAGGAAGUCUGCACUCUAGGAAACUCGUCAGCUUCACAUUGUCUGAUCUCAGGGCAGUUGGGCUCAAGAAAGGGAUGUUCUUCAAUCCUGACCCUUAUCUUAAGAUGUCCAUUCAGCCAGGGAAGAAGAGUAGCUUCCCUACCUGUGCCCACCACGGGCAGGAGAGAAGAUCCACUAUCAUCAGUAACACCACCAAUCCAAUCUGGCACCGAGAGAAAUACUCCUUUUUUGCACUUUUGACUGAUGUCUUAGAAAUUGAAAUCAAAGACAAAUUUGCCAAGAGCCGGCCCAUCAUCAAACGCUUCCUGGGAAAGCUAACCAUUCCAGUGCAGAGGCUGCUGGAAAGGCAGGCUGUCGGUGACCAAAUGCUCAGCUAUAACCUUGGCAGACGGCUCCCAGCGGACCACGUGAGUGGCUACCUCCAGUUUAAAGUGGAAGUCACGUCUUCUGCUCACGAAGAUGCAUCUCCAGAGGCUGUCGGCACCAUCCUCGGAGUCCACACUGUGAAUGGAGACCUGGGCAGCCCUUCUGAUGAGGAGGAUAUGCCAGGGAGCCAUCAUGAUAGCACUAUUUGUGCUAAUGGGCCAGUGUCUGAGGACAGUGUUGCUGAUGGGACCCCCAAGCACUCUUUCAGGACUAGCUCUACUCUGGAGACGGACACAGAGGACUUAAUCUCUACUUCUUCAAGAAAUUCACCCCCCAGGGGCCGCCAGGAUUCACUCAAUGAUUACUUAGAUGCUAUUGAACACAAUGGCCCCUCCAGGCCGGGGGCAGCCUCCUCCUCUGAGCGGUCCAUGGGAGCCUCUCCCAAACUGAGGAGUAGUUUUCCCACUGACACAAGACUCAAUGCAAUGCUUCACAUAGACUCUGAUGAAGAAGACCACGAGUUUCAGCAAGACCUAGGCUACCCAUCUUCUUUGGAGGAGGAAGGAGGCUUGAUCAUGUGCAGCAGGGCAUCAAGAAUUGAUGAUGGGAGCCUGACAUCUCAGAUCAAACCAGAGGAUGACAACCCUGUUGAGAAUGAGGACGCCUCUGUACAUGAAACUGCUUCCUUAGAAGAGAGGCUGGAGAAUCUUCCAGAGGUUGCAGAUGGCUCCUUGCCAUCGGGUACAGCCCCUGAUGAAAACGAAGCCAGCGUGGAGCCUCAACCCAGUGCGGACCAGGGUAGCACUGAAUUGUGUAGCUCUCAAGAAGUAGAUCAGCCUACAAGUGGCGCAGAUGCAGGAGCUUCUGACGCAUCCGGAGGCAGCCGCAGAGCUGCCAGUGAGACGGAGUCCCUGGACCAGGGGUCUGAACCUUCCCAGGUGUCCUCUGAGACCGAACCUAGUGACCCUGCAAGGACAGAGAGUGUGAGUGAGGCCAGUACCAGACCCGAGGGAGAGAGCGACCUGGAAGGUGCAGACAGCUCGUGCAAUGGGAGCGUGACCACACAGCUGUCCUCUGUGGAGACGCGGUGCUCAUCUCUAGAGAGCGCGCGGUUUCCAGAAACCCCAGCCUUUUCUUCUCAGGAAGAAGAAGAAGGGGCCUGUGCAGCUGAGCCCACCAGCAGUGGCCCCACAGAGGGGUCGCAGGAAUCUGUCUGCACCCCUAGUUCUUUACCUGCUGUGCAGGUGCCCAGCAGGGAAGAGGAAGGGGCGGGGGCUGAAGCUGCUGCUUUAUCUGAGCAGGGGGAGCUGGGGGAGGUCUGGCAGAGGAGGGGGAGUCUUGAGGGAGCAGCAGCUGCUGCUGCUCCUGCUGCUGCCACCGAUAGCCAGCCCCAGGAAGAUGGAGAUGCUGGGGAUACCCAAGGUGCCUGCGAAGGGGCCACUGCCCAGGAGGAGGGCGCCACUGGAGGUUCUCAGCCCAACGGCCACCAGCCCUUGAGGUCACUACCUUCAGUGCGCCAGGACGUCAGCCGGUACCAGAGGGUGGAUGAGGCUCUCCCGCCAAACUGGGAGGCACGAAUUGACAGCCACGGCAGGAUCUUCUACGUGGACCAUGUAAACAGAACCACUACAUGGCAGCGGCCUACAGGUCCCCCUGCCCCACAGGUCCUGCAGAGAUCCAACUCCAUACAGCAAAUGGAGCAGCUGAACCGGCGUUAUCAGAGCAUCCGCAGAACCAUGACUAAUGAGAGGCCUGAGGAAAAUACCAGUGCUAUCGAUGGGGCAGGGGAGGAAGCCGACUUUCACCAAGCCAGCGCAGACUUCCGUCGGGAGAAUGUCCUGCCCCACUCUACCUCCAGAUCCAGGCUCACGCUGCUGUUACAGUCGCCCCCUGUGAAGUUCCUCACCAGCCCAGAGUUCUUCACCGUGCUGCAUUCUAACCCUAGUGCCUACCGCAUGUUUACAAACAACACGUGUUUGAAGCACAUGGUCACCAAAGUCCGGCGGGACACCCACCACUUUGAACGCUAUCAGCACAACAGGGACCUCGUGGGAUUCCUCAACAUGUUUGCUAACAAACAGCUGGAAUUACCGAGGGGCUGGGAGAUGAAACAUGAUCAUCAGGGCAAGGCAUUUUUUGUCGACCACAACUCCAGGACCACCACGUUCAUUGAUCCUCGGCUCCCACUUCAGAGCAGCAGGCCCACAAGUGCGUUGGUUCAUCGGCAACACCUGACAAGGCAACGCAGCCACAGCGCGGGUGAGGUAGGAGAAGACUCUCGGCAUGCAGGACCACCAGUUCUUCCCAGGCCAUCCAGUACAUUCAAUACAGUCAGUAGGCCACAGUACCAGGACAUGGUUCCAGUGGCCUACAAUGACAAAAUUGUUGCGUUUUUGCGUCAACCCAACAUCCUUGAAAUUCUGCAAGAGCGUCAACCUGAUCUUGCCAGAAACCACUCACUCAGGGAGAAGAUCCAAUUUAUCCGAACUGAAGGGACCCCUGGAUUGGUGCGGCUCUCGAGCGAUGCAGACCUUGUCAUGUUGCUGAGCUUAUUUGAGGAAGAGAUAAUGUCGUAUGUGCCUCCUCAUGCCUUACUCCACCCCAGUUACUGUCAGUCCCCUCGUGGCUCCCCUGUGUCAUCUCCCCAGAACUCACCAGGUACUCAGCGUGCCAAUGCCCGGGCUCCAGCCCCUUACAAGAGAGAUUUUGAAGCCAAACUAAGGAACUUUUACAGGAAGUUAGAAACUAAAGGAUACGGACAAGGCCCAGGAAAAUUAAAGUUAAUUAUCCGAAGAGACCACUUGCUGGAAGAUGCUUUCAAUCAGAUUAUGGGCUACUCCAGAAAGGACCUGCAGAGGAAUAAACUGUACGUCACCUUUGUCGGAGAGGAAGGGUUGGAUUACAGUGGGCCUUCCAGAGAGUUUUUCUUCCUGGUGUCCCGAGAGCUCUUUAACCCCUAUUACGGCCUAUUUGAAUAUUCAGCCAAUGAUACGUAUACAGUACAAAUAAGUCCCAUGUCCGCCUUUGUAGACAAUCAUCAUGAAUGGUUCCGAUUCAGUGGGAGGAUCCUCGGUCUUGCACUAAUACACCAGUACUUGUUGGACGCCUUCUUCACGAGACCCUUCUAUAAGGCUCUUCUCAGAAUCCUGUGUGACCUGAGUGAUCUGGAAUACCUUGACGAGGAGUUCCACCAGAGCCUUCAGUGGAUGAAAGACAACGACAUUCACGACAUCCUGGACCUCACGUUCACUGUGAACGAAGAAGUUUUCGGGCAGAUUACUGAACGAGAGUUAAAACCCGGGGGAGCCAAUAUCCCAGUGACAGAGAAGAACAAGAAGGAGUACAUUGAGAGAAUGGUGAAGUGGAGGAUCGAGAGGGGCGUGGUGCAGCAGACAGAGAGCUUAGUUCGAGGUUUCUAUGAGGUAGUAGAUGCCAGGCUAGUAUCUGUCUUUGAUGCGAGAGAACUGGAACUGGUUAUUGCUGGCACAGCUGAGAUAGAUCUCAAUGACUGGAGAAACAACACUGAAUAUAGAGGCGGGUACCAUGACAAUCACAUUGUAAUUCGGUGGUUCUGGGCUGCAGUAGAACGAUUCAACAAUGAACAACGACUAAGGUUGUUACAGUUUGUGACAGGCACAUCUAGCAUUCCCUAUGAAGGAUUUGCUUCUCUUCGAGGGAGUAAUGGUCCAAGAAGAUUCUGUGUGGAGAAAUGGGGAAAAAUCACCGCUCUUCCCAGAGCCCACACUUGUUUUAACCGCCUGGAUCUUCCUCCAUACCCUUCCUUUUCUAUGCUUUAUGAGAAACUCUUGACAGCAGUUGAAGAGACGAGUACCUUUGGACUUGAGUGACCUGGGAGCACGAUGUUCUGCUCUGCUCUUCAUGGACAGGUGGAUCCAGAAGCUGGCCUCCGAAGGGUGACACAGCAUUGGUAGUCUCAAGCCUUGGCUUCCAUUACAACAAACUGAGUGCUGCUCUGUGGGAACACAUGCUCCUGGGUGUGGGGACUGGCUGUGAGUUCUUUUGGAAGGAUUGGGGUGAGCUUGGUGCCCAUGGAACAACCCAACAGUCUUUCAAUCAACAGUUCUUGACUGCCAAACCUUUCCUAUUUGUUCCCAUGUUCCAAGAUAAAAGAAGAACCUGCACAUGAUAAACUCCAUGGUGACUUUUAGGGACUCGGGAGAAUCUUGAAACUCUCCCAUAAAUAUACUUCAAGCCAAACUGGCAGCACUGACCCAAUCUCUAAAUUAGUGCAAAUGAAAGAAAAUCAUUAAAAAAAUAUAUUUCAAAAAAAAUGAAAGUACAUUUGUUUAAGCCCUAAGUUAUAGCAGAAUAUUUAUUUAUUGCUUAUGAGUGCCUGCAUGGUGUGCACUAUAGGUUUCAACCUUCACAGGACCAAGUGUGAAAAAUGAAACCAAGUCAGUAUGUGAUAACUUUUAAAGAUUUACGAUAAGGUGGUCUGUGACAAUGUAUAUGCAAGUGGUUUGUGUGUAAUCAUGGCUGAAGACAAACUUAUUCAAUGAAUUACUAAUGACAGAUUUUAUGCUUUAUAAUGCAUGAAAACAAUUUAAAAAUAUCUAGCAAUUAAUCACAGCAUAUCAGGAAACUGUACACAGUGAGUUCUGUUUAUUUUUAUAGGUUCAUCAUAUUUCUGUUCUUUAAGAUGUAUCUAAGGACCUACCUACCAUAUUGUAUGUACCACCUUCUCAUCUUCAUGUUCCAUGCUUACUCGGGCAUCUUGCUAGUAUGAACCCUUUUAAGCACGCUCAAGGGAACUAAAAAAGGGCCUUUUAUUUUUAUAAAAGUUAAAAAAUCCCCAAAAUAUUUUGCACUGAACGUACCAAAGGCAAAGGGACACUACAAUAUGACUAGCAGCAACUCCAUCAGUUGAUGACUACAAUAGAAGUAACUUUUAAAUCAGACUUCCUCCACCGUUGCCAUGUCAACCACUGCAAGGACUGUGCAUCUAAGUAACAAUUCUGUAAGACUCACUCUAUGUGAUAGUAUGAUAUGCAUUUAUUUAAAAUGCAUUAGACUCUCUUCCAUCCAUCAACUACUUUACAGGAUGGCAUUUAUUACCGAUAUUUCCUAUUUUCCCCACUGCUUCCUGUUUGUACAGCAUCAUCAAACACUGAGCUUGGUUAGGGAGCCAUCAGCAAUGCCGGAAGAGAUCAGCUCUCUUUCAUAGUAAGAGUUCCAUUUUCUCUCACCAAUGAAGAUACCAUAAAUUGAAACUCUCAGUACUAUAUUUCUAAGCCUGCAUUUUCACUGAUGCAUAAUUUUCUUAUUAAUAACAAGGAAAAAUUUUGUAUCUCUCAAAAACUGCAUGUCAUCACUGACAGGUCUCCUUAAUUUGAUGAAAGGACUUCCUUCGUUUUGAUUGCUUUGGGGACUGUUCCAUGCUGUUGUUUGUCCCUUGAUUUGUGACUGUAACUAAUCAGACAACACAGUACAGUGGAGUGGAAUCGAGGUGGGUUAAACCAUUGGCUUAACAUUUAGUUUGCCAGCCUGAGGGGUUACAGGCAUUCCCUGGAUACUGCUUUGAGGAUCUUGUUUCUAAGGUAUCAUGGACUUCCUGGCGUGGGAUGUGGGUGACUUUACAUUUUAUAUGGGUUACAUGCGCAGUCCUCAUAGGUGUUUUGUAAGAACAGUUACUCUCCUGUUAGUGAGGCCGUGUUUGCUGUUGGGACCCUCAAGAGGAAGGACACUCAUGAUGUGUUACUGUGUUUAAGAUAAGUCCUGGGGGUAUGGGGAAAUGUUCCAGGAGAAAAAAAAAUUACAGAAACCUGGAAAAGAUAUAUGGAAUAUUUAUUUGUAUACCAUAAUUGGGCCAGAAAAAAGAAUGACUACAAUUUUUGACUGGAAUUAUUAGUUUGUACUUAUUUGUCACGAAUACAAGUAUAUAUUUAAUUUUUGCAAACUGCUCUUACUCGUUUGUAUUUUUUCAUCAUAAAGAAAACAGAGCACGCUAAUACAUUUUUUAAAAUCACAUUUUGGUGUGUCAAAGCAUUCCCUAAGAGUUGUCACAAGGGCUUAUUAAGAGAAAGCUGCCUUUCUUUCAAAAAUACAUUUAUAGGCCACAUUAAUGCUCAUUUGGUUUGAGACACUUUGCUAUCAUAUGCCAUAUUACUAGGUAAAAGAGAUUUCAAAUAAAAUAUAACUCUUUAACUAUUUCUAAUGAGCGCUGUUUGCUGUUGAUGCUAAGGCAGCCACCUUCUCAAAUAACAGUUUUAAAUGUAUCCAGACACUCUUAAACUGGCAGGACUUAGUCCUAGUUGGCACUGUUCUCAGAAUUGGGAAUUAUCAAAUUGUAGCUAGCAUAUUUGAAAACUGUGAUAACCCAUUAUUCUUCAUAGGCAAAACAAAAAACAGACAAUAAUAUCAUUAUAAAAGUUAAAUAACACAUCCACAGAAUAAAUUAGAUGUUAUUAAUUUAUUAAUUGUAUACCCUACAAUUAGAAAUAUUCAUAAAUAUGCUUUUCUGGACUGUGAACCUGAUAACUUGGCUCUUUGGUUUUGUUUUAAGAGAUUUAUACAUGAUGCUACUAACAAUAUAAAAGACAGUCUCGAUACAUCAUGUAUGUAUCAUCUUUCAGAACAUAGGCACACUGUUGGCAUUCCCUCCGUACCAGUCACUGCAUUUGAUGAUGGAGCUACAAGAUUCUGAAUCUGGCCUUCAGAAAGAUGAGCAUAGUCUACUAGAGGGGACAUCAAGAUUCCAAGAGCAUUUAAAAUAAAAGGUCUACAGUUAAUGAAGAGAGAAUAGCCUAUUCAUCCCAAAGGCUUGGUUGCAGUCUCAUGUAUGUGAAACUGUGUAGCUAAAAGACAUCAUCACGUUUGUGCUAAUUCUGCUGGUAACUAUACAAGUGUCAUAGAAUAGCAAUGCUGGUAAGUCUUGAGACCCAAAAUGCAUCCAUACAAUGAGCGUUUAAAGUAUAUAGACAGGGAUUGAGCUGUGAAGGAGCAACACAAGGAUCUUCAAAUUAUCAAAAAUGCCAAAAUGAAGUCUAGAGACCUCCUCCAGUCUCUGUACUACAACCUACAUUCUAUUUUUACUGUAAAAUAUCACAGUUCCUGAGCCCAAGCCACAUAUAGGAUCACAAUAUUUUUCUUGCGCACAAAAUGAAUCAAAGUCAUAGUUUUCUAGUAUAUGUUGUAUUUAUAAUUUAAUGACCAUUCUGUACUAAGUAUAAAAGCCACUAUUGAACUAGAGAGGGAAUGCAGUUUGCAAAAUGAAAGUGUAGCAUUUCCAGACAUUCUUAUUAAAGUCUAGUCUUAAAGAAGGAUGAAGUCUGAGAUCUCUUCACCACUACCUCGAUGAUAAUGGCCUGCAAAGGUAGGGACCAUGGGGACCGUGCUUAGUACUGAGGAGCUUCACAGUACCUGAGGGGCAUUCUCUUUUGCUUCUCAGUGCUCAGCUGGGGAGAACUAUGAAGUCCUCCCUGGACUCAGGCUGAUUUCAUGAGUAGCUGGUGAGAUGAUUUGUGCUUUGUUGACACUAUCCUUUCAGUCUCAAGAAAUGUAAAGAGUAAUAUUUGUAUCGAUAUACUCAGCUUUCCAAUGCUUUGGUUUCCCAAACUCUUACUUUCUUAAACACCCUUAGAGGGCACUGAGAAAGGGGCACAUUCACAGAAAAGGCUUCUCCAAGAUGCAUUGUUUGCAUUUAUUGCCUGUGGGAGGAAUUUGAGACAAAUCUGAUUGUGAUCGCUGGAAUCGCACAGCACAGGAAUUUGGCCCCCUUGGGGAUUAUGUAGAAGCAAGAGUAUGAAAAAAGACACCAACCAGAGGCCUGGCUUUCAUUAUUUAUUUUUGAUAACGCGAGUCUUCAGAGGCCUGGCAGCUGGACCCCAGUGAUGUGGAGGGACCACAGCAGCUUCUGUUUUUCUCUCUGUCUUCCUGAUGUUUGUUCAAAUUACCUUUUUAUCCUUUUGGCACACAGCUACUUCUAACGAGGCAGACAUCUUAAAAUGAAGAGUCUAGCACUUUAUUCAAUUUAACUUCAUUCAGGAAAUUCCAGGGGCAGGAAAUGAGGCCAUUUUAUCAUUAAAAGGCAUCACUUACCCACAUAAGAAGCAAGAUGUGAUUGAAGAAUUCGGCCCAACCUCGCAGCUACAGUUGAGAUUCAGGCCAGCUGUUGAUGAGUGGUACCCUGGAUCAGACACCCUACUUCCAUAUGACUUGACUUUAUAUUAAUGGGAAUGUCCCUUGGAAACAUAUUCCAGUUGCCAGACUUUAUUUGCUUUGUAGUUCUGUUGCAUUUCCAGAUAAUUUGUCUAGCAUAGAAGCAAAGGGACGCCAGAGACAUUAAAGGUUUCCGAGCUGUCACUUAAGGUCAAUCACUACCAUUGAAGGGGUAAUUAGAAAUAAAAGUGGAUGCCUGGCAGUUGUACCACCCUGGUAAUGUGAUGCUAACUAUUGUCAAGAUUCACAAGUAACAACUGUAUUCCAAGGAAUGGCAUUAUGGGUAUAACAAAUGUGUUUGGCCCUAUCAGAGCUUCUGGCUUAGGAGUGAAGGCACGUUUACAAUCACAGAAUAGCUAAGCGAACAAUGAAACAAUGGUACAAACAUCAUCAGACUUAGACCUUGCGGGGGGGGGGGGG